CUUUCUCUCUUGUCUCCCAUGUCGGUGCCCCCCGCCACCACGGAAUAUACGUCGCCCGACGAGCCCGACCCGCUGUCGCCCGGCGAGGACGAGCUGUCUGCGGCGCCCGAGGCGGAGCCGCGCCCGGGGAUCGACGGGCCUGUGCGCUGGUACGACGCGGACCGGACGGAGGCGUACACGCGGAUUGUGCCGUUCCAGGAGCGGCACGACACGUCGGUGGAGUUCUUCUACAAGCCGGUGACGCUGAGCGCGCUCGCGGGCGUGCUCGUGGUGCUUGCGUACACGGCGAUGACGCAGGACGUGCUCGAGGAGGGCGGGGACAAGCGGCGCAUGGGCGUGUACGCCGCGGUCUCGUUCUUCCUCGUGUUCUCGACGCUGCAGUUCCGGGACGGCCCGUUCAUCCGGCCGCACCCGGCGUUCUGGCGCGUGCUGCUCGGCGUGAACCUGCUGUACGAGCUCGCGCUGGUGUUCCUGCUGUUCCAGGACCUGCCCACCGCGCGCCGCCUGAUGCUCCUCCUCGACCCCGCGCUCAACGUGCCCCUCCCCGAGAAGUCCUACGCCGACGACUGCACCUUGACGCCCAAGACCCUCUGGAACGCCCUCGAUGUGUUCUGUCUGGCACACGCGCUCGGGUGGUUCGGGAAGGCGAUGAUCCUGCGGGACUACUGGUUCUGCUGGAUCCUCAGCAUCGCGUUCGAGCUUGCAGAAUAUUCAUUGCAGCACCAGCUGCCGAACUUCGCGGAGUGCUGGUGGGACCACUGGGUGCUCGACGUGCUCCUCUGCAACUGGGCCGGCGCGCACCUCGGCAUGGCCGUCUGCACCUACCUCGAGGUCAAGCCGUACGAGUGGCGCGGCCUCCGCCAGACGCGCGGCUUAAGGGGCAAGGCGAAGCGCGUGGUGGCGCAGUUCUCGCCGCACGAUUUUACGGCGUUCGAGUGGGGCACGGCAAGGAGCUUCACGCAUUACUUCAGCGUGGUGCUGCUGCUCGCGGUGUUUUUGGCGGCGGAGCUGAGUCCGUUCUACCUCAAGAGCCUGCUGUGGAUGGAGCCCGACCACCCGAUCGUCGUCCUCCGCCUCGCGUUCAUCUUCCUGUGCGCGCUCCCCGCGGUCAGGGAGCUGUACCAGUACGUCAACGACCCGCGGCGCGCGGUGCGCAUGGGCCAGCACGUGUGGCUCCUCCUCGCGACGGUGCUCACCGAGCUGCUCGUGAUCGCCAAGUUCGCGGGCGACCCGCGCAGCGGGAUCCCGCCGCUCCUGGACGCGCCGCGCGCGGUGAAGGCCGGGUGGGCCGCGGGCGGCGCGCUGCUGGUGGUGUACCCCGCGGCAAGGUUCGGGGUGCCCGGGGUGCGGAGGUGGGUGGCGGGGAAGGGGGGGCGGGGGCGGGGGCGGAAGGGGCGGAAGGGGGAGUAG